ACAACUUCUUCUUCUCUUUUACCUUUUAACUAUAUUAUUAAUUAUUAAACCAUGUGUUCCUUAUUAGUUACAAAUUUAAAUUUAACCAGGUGAUUAGAAAAGUUUUUACGUGACACCCAUUUUUAGAGAGAAAAAAAUGAUUCUUCGAUUGCGACCCAAAGAAAAUAAAUUAUGAUACUCAAAAUUGUGAUACUGUGUUGGAUUAUAAUUUGUUCAACAGCAAUGUUAUUUUACACUGAACAUUUUUACAUAAAUAUUUUUAAAACCCAUGAUUUUACAGAAGAAAAUUAUGACACACAAUCGUUUUUAGAGAGAUUGAUCUAUCUAGAAAGACAAGAGCACGUGUCAGUGAUGUGCCGUUCGUUCAAGUUACCUAAGGACGACGAUGACUACCAGCAAGCCAUCAAUGAUAGCGUACUCUUGGACCACAUUCUGGUCGACAAUCGACAUAAAUUGCUCUAUUGUUACGUACCAAAGGUGGCGUGCACCAACUGGAAACGGGUGUUCAUGGCGCUGUCCGGGAACGCGGAGCCGGGCGCGCCGGACCUGUCGCAGAUCCCGGCGGACGUGGUGCACAAGCCCAGCACGCUGGACCGGCUGAGCGACUACCCGGCGGCCCGGGCGGCCGACAUGCUCGCCACGUACACCAAGUUCCUGUUCGUCCGGCACCCGUUCGAGCGGCUGCUGUCCGCGUACCGGAACAAGCUGGAGCAGCGGCACCAGGACAGCUCCCGGUACUUCCAGUCGCGGUUCGGCCGGCGGAUCGUCAGGCGGUACCGGGCCAACGCUACGGAACAGUCACUGCGCAACGGCGACGACGUGACGUUCGCCGAGUUCGCCGCGUUCGUGGCCGACACCCGGGACACGGUGUUCAACGAGCACUGGGCGCCCAUCGACAGGCUGUGCCGGCCGUGCGCCGUCGACUACGACUUCAUCGGCAAGCACGAGUCGCUGGUCGAGGACUCGGACUACCUGCUCCGGCACGUGGUGGGCGCGGCCGACGUCCGGUUCCCGAAGGGUCCCGACUCCAACACGUCCACGCAGCUGGUCAAGUACUUCGCGCCGCUGGACCACGACACCGUGCUCAGGCUGUACAGCACGUUCGAGCUCGACUUCAAGCUGUUCAACUACAACCUGCAGAACAUCUUCGGCUACGAAGUGGGCUAAGGCGCGCGCGCCGCAGUACGCCGUACUGCACACGACCGCGGCGGCACACGCUGCAUAUGGUCGUCGAUUUCCAUAACAUAAAUAUAAUGACGUUACGCAAUCACUAUACGGCCGGGAAUGUAAUGCCGCGAGAAAAUCCCGUAAAAUGCUUUUUUUUGCUCUAAAAAUUCAAAACAAUGCAUUUUCUUAAAUUCGAAGAAAAACUUUUGCAGGGCUGCACGAUAACAAGUCUUCCGUGCGUUUUAAUAUGAUGAAAGAAUAUUAUUAUACUCAUUUAAUUUUCCGUCGCCGCUCAUAAUCUCGAUUUUCGUCGUUCGGAUCGUUUCGAAAAAUUUCGAUUAAUUAAACUCGAAAAACUUGUUGGCACGUUAUAAGUAAAAAUCAUUAAAAAUAAAAUUAAAAACCGUAAUUAAAGUGUUGAAUGCUCUAAAAUGCUCUAAACAAUACAAAAUACCGGCUUAAAAAUGAAAAUUCUCAAAAAAAUGCAAAAUUAAAACUUUUUGUUCUGAUUCGAGUAUACUUUAAUAUUAAUAUCAAGAAAACAAUAAUACAAAGUGUGUAGAAAUCCCGGCCCUAAUUAUUAUUGUCAGAAUAAUCUACUUCAGAAUACCGUCCGGAUAACUUUAUCCGACGUAUUUUCGAUAUCCUUAUGUACAUACCUUUUAGGAAUUCUCUUGCGUUUAUUAUAAGAUAAUAAUAUUUUAACUAUUAAUUAUUACAUGUUUUUAAUGGACGAAAAUUAAAAACAGUUAAAGGUUGUGCCUACGAGGAACUAUGUGAUAUAUUUUAUGACUAUGAAUGAAAACUAUCUUCUCGAUUUUUAGUUAGUUCUCAGAAAAAAUAAUCUACGAAUAUAGAAAAAAUAGUAAGUUAUAAUUGAGAAGACUCGUGAAUUUGAUUGUGACAGUAUUAUGAUGCGUUUGUGUGCCCGUGUUGCAUACGAAUAUACGAUGCAGUAUUCUCGAUUUUUUCACUUCCGUACAAAUUAUAUGUACUACUUAUACAACAUUUUCGUUCUUCGAUUGACUCUUCACAUACCUGUAGUGUAUUAUUUAUGAUUUCAACGUAAAAUGUUCUGAUCUAUUUGAUACGACAGGACAGGUGAUACAUGUUAUAUUUAUAAUUCAUAAUUUUUAUUGUGUACGUGAAAAGUAUAAACAUCGCAAUCACCAGAUACGAUUUAAUUAUAAAACUAUACAUUUUGUUUUUGUGUACUAGCUAUUUUUUCUUCUGUUCUACGGCGAUACUAAGCUACCUAUUUUAUUUAAUGCACACUUGGAUUUGUUAAUAACUUAUUAAAUAAUAUUUAUUGUGUA